GCGGGAGAUACGAGAGAGUGCAACGCUGCAUACUGAAAACUGGGAUUACCGCCAAACUAAAACCCAUCUGACUGUUCACUUGAGAGCAUCAUGCCAUGUGAAAGGAAGCCCAUGCGCUAUGGUCACUCAGAGGGCCACACUGAUGUCUGUUUUGAUGAUGAGGGAAAGUGUAUCAUAACCUGUGGAAGUGAUGGUGAUGUCCGCUUAUGGGAAAGUCUGGAUGACGAUGAUCCUAAAUCCAUAAAUGUCGGGGAGAAGGUUUAUUCUGUAGCCUUGAGGAAUAAAAAACUAGUUACAGCUGUUUCCAACAACACAGUUCAAAUUCACACUUUCCCGGAGGGCGAUCCAGAUGGCAUACUCACUCGAUUCACCACCAACGCAAACCACGUUGCCUUCAACACCAGCGGCUCAAAAGUGGCAGCAGGAUCAAGUGACUUCCUGGUGAAGAUCGUGGAGGUGAUGGACAGUAGUCAGCAGAAGACUCUACGUGGUCAUAAUGCGCCUGUGCUCAGUGUGGCCUUUGAUCCCUCUGAUGAGUUCCUAGCUUCUUCUAGCUGUGAUGGGUCAGUCCAUGUGUGGUCUAUUGAGUCGCAGACUCCGGUAGCUCAAUGGAAUGUCCUCCAGAAGUCGAGUGAUGUAAGCAAUGCCAAGUCUCUCUGCAGACUUGCCUGGCAACCUCGUGCUGGAAAGCUGCUUGCUGUACCGGUGGACAUGACUGUUCAGCUUUAUGACCGAGCAACAUGGACGCACAUUAGCACGCUCUCUGAUGACCUCAUCACACAGGUUGUGAAUGUUGUGGUCUGGUCGCCAUGUGGGAAAUUUCUGGCUGCAGGAACAGUUGGUGGAAAUCUCUUGAUUUGGGAUGUUGAGGCCAAACUGUGUAUCGAACGACAGAAACAUGAGAAAGGCUUCACUGUGUGUGGUAUGGCGUGGCAUCCCUCAGGGGGCCAGAUUGCUUACACUGACAAUGAGGGCUGCCUUGGGCUCUUGGAAGGAGUGUCGUCCUCUUCCUCCUCCUCAUCAUCUACCACCCAGAGCACCAAGGCCCCUGCAGGAAAAAAAACUAAUGAUUAUGACGACCUGUUUGAUGAGGAUGAUGAUCGGAUGCUGGAUGAUGGCAUGAGCGAUUCGCGCUCUCCGGUGAAGAAAGCCGUUAUGGACGAUGAUGAUGACGAUGAUCUUAUGCCCGCCACAGGCAGACCACGGAACAGAGGGGCGUUCCUUGAUGACGAUUCUCAAGAUGCAGGAUCAGUAAAACUGGAUAAACUUCCAGAGGAGGAUUGCAGCAGUGCGAUUCUUCCAGUUGUGGCUCCUGCUGUGUCCCGUCCCAUCUAUGAUGGCCCCAUGCCUACCCUGCCACAAAGGGCUUUCCAACCAGGAUCCACCCCAGUGCACCUCAUGCAUCGCUUUAUGAUGUGGAACUCAGUGGGCAUCGUUCGUGGCUAUAACGAUGAGCAGGACAAUGCCAUUGAUGUGGAGUUCCAUGAUACAGCCAUCCAUCAUGCCAUGCACCUCACCAACACCCUCGGCCACACCAUGGCUGACCUAUCCCAGGAGGCUGUGCUGCUGGCUUGUGAGUGUACCGAUGAGCUCGCCAGUAAGAUCCAGUGUUUGCACUUCUCUUGUUGGGACACUCAAAAGGAGUGGAUGGUGGAUCUUCCUAAAGAAGAAGUUGUGCGUGCCUUAUGUUUGGGUCAGGGAUGGGCGGCAGUGGCCACCAGCACUCUAAUGGUCAGGCUGUUCUCCAUUGGUGGUGUGCAGAAGGAGAUCUUCAGCCUGCCUGGUGCUGCAGUCUGCAUGGCGGGACACGGCGAGCAGCUCCUCAUAGUAUAUCACAGAGGUACUGGGUUUGAUGGAGAUCAGGCCCUUGGAGUUCAGCUGCUUCAGCUUGGGCGGAAGCAAAGGCAGGUGAUCCAUGGAGAACCGCUGCCUCUCUCACGGAAAUCCUACCUGGCCUGGAUGGGCUUUACUGCGGAGGGAACCCCGUGCUGUAUUGACUCUGAGGGGGUUGUACGUAUGCUCAACCGAACCCUGGGGAACACAUGGGCCCCUGUUGGCAACACCAGGGACACCUGCAAGAGCAAAUCAGAUCAUUACUGGGUGGUUGGAGUUCAUGAGAAUCCACAGCAGAUUAGGUGUAUCCCCUGUAAAGGCUCACGUUUCCCGCCCACCUUACCACGACCCGCUGUGGCCGUCCUGUCCUUCAAACUGCCAUAUUGUCAAACCACCACAGAGAAAGGCCAGAUGGAGGAGCAGUACUGGCGUUCCAAGCUCUUUCAUAACCAUUACGGCUUUCUGUCAUCCAGCGGUUAUGAAAUAGACAAUGAGGGCCAGAUUCAAACUGAGAAAGAUCAGCAGGAACUGCUAAUGAAGAUGUUCGCUUUGUCGUGUAAACUGGAGCGUGAGUUCCGGUGUGUGGAGCUGGCUGAGCUGAUGACUCAUAACGUGGUGACGCUCGCCAUCCGUUACGCGUCUCGCUCAAGACGCAUGGCUCUGGCACAGAGACUCAAUGAGCUUGCUUUGGAAAAGGCCAAUCAGCUGCAGGAGGAGGAGCAGGAAGAGGAAGAGCUGGCCUAUCAGAGUGCAUCACGAAACACUGGGUUUAGUCACGCCAACAGAGAAUAUAGAGGAUCUGAUCAGAUCAGACAAGCACAAGCUGAGAAUGGCUGUGACGAUGAGGAAGAGGUGGAGGAGGAAUAUCAACAGGAAGAACAAAUGGAUGCAGAGGAAUCAUCAGAGGCCAGCAGACCACGUUUGAAUCCAUUUAAAAAGGGAGGAAAAUCACCUGAAAAGCCCUCUCCCAAACCAGUGAGCAAAGAAGGAUGUGUGAACCCUUUUAAGGUUUCGGGUGCUGGAAAGUCAUCAGGUUCUCAAGCUAGUCAGCCCAGAGCGACUAAUGUUUUAGACAACUUGACGAUGUCCAGCAGAAAGCCUGCUGCUCUCAGCGGAACCUCAAAACUGGGCAAAGCCCCAGUCCUGAAGCCCCUGGCACCCAAACCCAAGUCCAAGACACAGGCCACUCUGCUGCAGAUGAGCACUCCUAAAAGAAUCAGUAAAAAACAGGAGGAGAGCCAAUCAGCAGCCGAGACCAUAAAACAGACUCCUUUAGCAACACCUCCAGCAUCAACAGAGAAUAUUGAAAACAGAAAACCGAAAACCGGCUUUCAGCUAUGGCUUGAGGAGAACAGGAAGAGCAUUCUGGCUGACAAUCCUGAUUUUGAGGAAAUGGAUGUUAUCAAGGAUGGCAUGGGGCGUUUCCGCACUCUGUCAGCAGAGGAAAGACUGGUCUGGACAGAAAAAGCAAAGGGUGACACUGACGCCAAGAAAAGAAAGCGUGAAGAUGAAGGAAAAGAUAUGGAUAAAAAUGCAGAAACGGACGAGGGCAGUGCAAAAAAGAAAAAAUCACUGGAUACUUCUGCUAAGCUUUCUGCAUUUGCAUUUAACAAAGAAUAAUGCUUAUCGUAAUUAAGUUUAAUACUUAUUUUUUACAUUUUAUUUUAAUAUUGAUGCUAAAACUUUUAAGCUAUUUUUCAUUGCUUACUGUACUGUAAUUUUCUGUGGUCUUAUAAUGGACAGGCCACUCAUUUGUGAUCCGAUCUUGUGCAUUCUCCAUAAAUUAUUUUCUUUUCAACAAGUUUGAGCUCUUUUGAAAGCACUGUUUCUCUCACUUCAUCUGCAUUUUAAAUUAAGAAAAUGUUCUUUGUUAUGCAUUUCACAAUCUGGUGAGAUGCUUAAUAACUAGGUCUCUUUCUAAAAUAUUCUGGAUGCUGUACUGUCUGUCCAAUCUGAUUAUUUUGAUGCUUGUACAUAUGUUUUU